AUGAACGAGCAAGAAGAAGACCUUGAACUUGCUCCUAUUGACCCCGAAAUUGAACGCACUUUCAGACAAAGGAGGAAGGAACAAAAGGCUAAAAAACACUGCAAUAUGGCCGAUGGGUUUGAAAUUGGAGGUGCUCAUAAUGAAGCCAAUCCUAUUGCUUUGGCCGAUGAUAGAGCCCGAGCAAUAAGAGAGUAUGCAGCCCCUAUGUUCAAUGAGCUAAAUCCGGGUAUUGUGAGACCCGAAAUCCAAGCACCUCACUUUGAGCUCAAGCCUGUGAUGUUUCAAAUGCUCCAAACGUUACAAGGAGUAAGUGAAGAGGCUUUAAGAUUGAAGUUGUUUCCAUUUUCCUUGAGGGAUCGGGCUAGAGCAUGGCUUAACACUCUUCCUCCCGAUUCGGUGACUAAUUGGAAUGACUUGGCUGAAAAAUUCUUGAGAAAGUACUUUCCUCCAACAAGAAAUGCAAAGUUUCGAAGCGAGAUCAUGUCCUUUCAACAAUUGGAAGAUGAGACUACUAGUGAUGCAUGGGAAAGAUUCAAGGAGUUGUUGAGGAAGUGCCCACACCAUGGUAUUCCCCAUUGUAUCCAACUUGAGACAUUUUACAAUGGUCUCAAUGCGGCUUCUAGGAUGGUGUUGGACGCUUCGGCUAAUGGAGCCAUUCUUUCCAAGUCUUACAAUGAAGCUUUUGAGAUUUUGGAAAGGAUAGCUAGCAACAACUAUCAAUGGUCAACUAAUAGAGCUCCGACAAGUCGAAAAGUAGCGGGUGUCCUUGAAGUAGAUGCUUUGACCGCUCUAACCGCUCAAAUGGCCUCAAUGACCAACAUUUUGAAGAAUAUGAAUAUGGGAGGAAGUGUACAACCAGCCGCUGCCAUUCAAAGGGCAGAAAUCUCUUGUGUGUAUUGUGGUGAUGGGCAUACUUUUGAAAAUUGCCCCUCAAAUCCAGCUUCGGUGUGUUAUGUGGGUAAUCAAAACUUCAACUUCAACAACAAUCCAUACUCAAAUUCCUACAAUCCGGCAUGGAAGCAUCAUCCAAACUUUUCAUGGGGAGGUCAAGGGGCAAGUUCAAGUGGAGCACAAGGACAAGGAAAGCAAUCAUUCCCACCGGGUUUUUCUCAACAACCAAGACCUCAACAACCUCACCAACCUCAAGGCUCUCAAACUAGUUCUUUGGAGAGCUUAAUGAGAGAUUAUAUGGCCAAGAAUGACGCUGUAAUUCAAAGCCAAGCAGCAUCUCUUCGGAAUCUUGAAGUUCAAUUGGGGCAAUUGGCCAAUGAUUUGAAGAAUAGACCACAAGGCACUUUGCCUAGUGACACCGAAAACCCAAGAAGAGAUUGCAAAGAACAUUGCAAAGCGAAAAAACCAGCAACUUCAGCUGCUGAAAUUCCCCCAGUAGUUACAGCAUCCAGUCAGCAUUCUACUGCAGAAAAGUCUUUGCAAAAGCCACCGCUACCAUUUCCUCAACGGUUCAAGAAGCAACAAGACGAUGGUCAAUUCCGGAGAUUUCUUGAUGUUCUAAAGCAGCUCCACAUCAAUAUACCUUUAGUGGAAGUUUUGGAGCAAAUGCCAACUUAUGUGAAGUUUUUGAAGGAUAUUUUGACAAAGAAAAGGAGGCUUGGCGAGGGGUCGAGAUGUUGGAAGAGCUCUUUGUGA